CUUUCAAUCACGUGACUGUCAUGUGACAUAUUUUCAGAUUGCAGAAGUUGUAAGGCGGGUAGGAUGCUUGUACUUAUAAUAAUAUUUACGUUAUUGACUUGUUUUUCAAUUCGAGAAACGAUGUCAAGGAAACCAAACAUUGUGUUUGUUCUUACAGAUGACCAAGAUUUAAUACUUGGAGGACAGAUUCCCAUUGUGAAGACAAACAAGUUAAUUGGAGAUAAUGGGAUGUUAUUUAAUUCCAUGUAUGUAGCCUCACCACUAUGUUGCCCAAGCAGAUCGAGUAUUUUGACGGGAAAGUAUGUUAGUAGUCACAAAGCUUACAACAACUCAAUAGUAGGAGGAUGUAGUAGUCCCGAGUGGCAGAAAACACAGGAAGUGGAUGCCUUUCCAGUGUACAUGAAAAAACAGUCUUACACCACAUUCUUUGCUGGAAAAUAUUUAAACCAGUAUGGUUUCCCAGCAACUGGUGGAGUUCAACAUAUACCUCCUGGAUGGGACUGGUGGAAUGGACUUGUUGGAAAUUCCAGAUACUAUAAUUACCAUCUAUCAGUAAACGGAACAAAGGAAGCACAUGGAAGUGACCCAGAAAAAGACUACCUCACAGACUUGAUAAACAGAAGAGCUACAGAGUUUUUGGACCAGCAGUCUACAGAAUCUGGACCAUUUUUUAUGAUGUUAUCUACACCUGCAUCACAUGCACCCUUUACACCAGCACCAAAGUAUAGAGAGAACUUCGCAAACAAAAAGGCUCCAAGAACUCCUAGUUACAACAUUCAUGGAAAGAACAAACACUGGUUGAUUGAACAAGCACUAAACCCUAUGCCCAAUGAUACAGUAACAACUAUUGAUGAACUUUUCAGAAACAGAUGGAGAACAUUAUUGUCUGUAGAUGAUAUGGUAGAAAAUGUUGUCAAUAUUCUGACUGAAAAAGAUCUGAUUAACAACACAUUUAUAUUCUUCACAUCGGAUAAUGGAUAUCAUUUAGGUCAGUUUUCAUUGCCUAAUGAUAAGCGCCAGUUGUAUGAAUUUGAUAACAGAGUCCCAUUUAUGGUUCGAGGACCUGGCAUAAAACCUGGUUCAACAUAUAAUUCUCCAGUAUCAUCUAUUGACUUAGCCCCAACAUUUCUGGAGAUAGCAGAAUCAACCAUACCUACAACAAUGCAAGGGGAAUCAUUACUGAAGUUACUGACUACACAGAACUAUAACAGAUCGUCACCUAUCUUAUUAGAACAUUAUGGAGAACAUAAAGAUGAAAUCCAAGGUUGUCCUCAGUACAAAAAUCAAGGCAUGGCAAAUUGUGACAACCAUUGUGUUUGUGAAGAUAGUCAUAACAACACAUUUAGAUGUGGGGUGAUGUGGGGUGAACCAAAUAUAGAUAAACAGAAAUUAUGUUAUGUGAUGGAAGACCAUGCAACUUUUGUAGAACUGUAUGAUUUGGUAAAGGAUGAAAAUGAACUAAACAAUAUUAUAGAUUAUAUUGACAAACCAGGCUUUGAAAAAAAUAGGGACAUGAUAAAAGAUAUGAAGAAUUGUAAAAAAUGUCAGCAUAUUCUUAAAUUCAUGGAAGACUGCAGGGGACAUAACUGUGAGAAGAUUAUCAACCUGCUUCACUGACUAUAGAGAACACUGUAUGGGACAAAAGUGCAAUUACUGUUUUAACUUCGUUUCCAAUUGCAAAAGCAAGUUGAGUCACUGCUCAGCUCAGUCCAAUAUUCUGCCAGUUUUCUGUUUGUCUGAAAUAGUUUUGGUGGAAAACAUCUAACUUUACUUAUGAAAAGAAGAUGUGGUAUGAUUGCCAAUGAGACAACUAUCCACAAAAGACCAAAAUGACACAGACAUAGACAACUAUAGGUCACAGUACGUUGACUUUUAUGAGAAGGAAUAAUCUUCAGUUAUGUUUCAGAAUAGGUGUAACCCCUAUCAAUUGCAUGCAGCUAUGCAGGUCCUAACCCAGUUGGGCUUUUUUUGCAAAUACUCAAGUAGUUCAAAACAGUGGAGGUCAUUUUCUUUUAUUUUGAUUAAAGUCAUAAUAAACGAGUGACCCGUGAAAAAUAAUGUUAUUACAAUUCUUGAACAAAUGCAUACAAACAUCAUAAACUUAGUCUUCUGUGCACGAUUUUAUCAUUUUUUUCGUAUACAUUAUGUAUAAUCGUCAAUUUUUUUUUCAAUCAGUCAGUGUUAUUGUGAAAAUAUGGCAGGUAGUUAAAGUUCAUGUUUUGAAACCAAAGUUGAAAGAUUGUCACCUGUUUGUCAACAAUCAACAAAAAAUAAAAUUGAGAAUGGAAAUGGGGAAUGUGUCAAAGAGACAACAACCCGAACAUAGAAAAGACAACAGCAGAAGGUCACCAACAGGUCUUCAAUGUAGUGAGAAAUUCCCUCACCUGCAAGCUUCCUUCAGCUGGCCCCUAAACAAAUAUACUGUGGAUUCAUUAUUAUUCGUUGGAUACCAAUUUUUGUGGGUUUCGUGGGAACAGGUGAACCACGAAUUCAAAUGUUCAACGAAUAUCAUAUUUUCAAUAGGCUUUAUAUACAGAGAUCUACAAAACCACGAAAUCAAAUAUCCAUGAAUAUGCAAGUUUUUAGCAAUCCACGAAAAUUGAUACCCACGAAAAUAAAUGAAUCCGCAGUUCAGUGAUAAUGAACGCCAUACUAAACUUCAAAUAGUACACAAGAAACCAAAAUUAAAAAUAACAAAAAGCAUGGAUGUUGAACAGGUGUUUAACAUGUACAAUAACAUAAUAGUUUAUUUAAAGGACAUACAUGCGUAAUGCAAUCACCAGAGUUUUACGAGAUGGGUCAUGCUGAGGUCACUUUGCAUACGGAAAAUAUUUCAGGGGAAAUUGCUUCCUGGGAGUAAGCAAUUAAAAUAAAGUAAACUUCUUCUGAAUAUGAACAAUCUACAGAAUUGUCUUCAGAAAAAAGUAUAUAAACAUAAGUUUUAUAGUGAAAAGUAUCCAUUGAGUUAUAAAAAACAUAUGCAUUAAAAAAAAAUUAUUUGAGGUUUCUUAUGACUUUAGGUUAAUGAUAUCCCAAGUCUGAAGCCUUUAAUUCAGUGCUAGUUUGUUGCUGUAUGUCAUAUUUGUUUUGUUUAUUAUUUUGUACAGAAAUUUUGCUAUUAGUUUUUUUAUUUUUAAUUGUUUUACAUAACAAAGUAAUUUCAAGGCCUUUUAUAGGUUACCAUGUGCCAUGGGUUUUGCUCAUUGUUAAACACAGGACAGUGCCAUAAAGUUGUUAACUUUAUGCCAUUUGGUCUCUGGUGGCGAGUUGUACCAUUCUCAAUUAUACCACAAUUUCUUAUUUUUAUAUUUUAAACUUUAUUUUGAUAUU